CCGGUGUUGUAUGCACGGCCGAUGGCGAAAUGGUAGGUAGUUUCACUCGCUGUCGGUUUGCCAAACUGCCCAUGUCGAAGCUUGAAAAGAUGUUGGAUGCGGCAAAUCGCAGCUCAUCGGGCGUCAGUGCUGUCGUCAACUCCAGCCACUGGUACUACGUCUCCCGAAUCAUUGAGUGCCAGCGCGGUAACGGAAGACAGGGGCACCGUCACGCCCGCAAGGAGCAUCUCAUGUCCUCCCGCUCGGGGCAACAGCGGGCCACUCUUAGCGCUGCGAGGCAUAGUAGCCGAGUACAUGGCGGUGAUUUUGAUCCCGAGGAUGAGACCGAGGAGGUGAUGAGUCAGGGGAUGAUGAUGCUGGGCAAGGCGCGUACGGCGACGUAUUACCUCCCGCUGGAGACGUCGCGGCUGGUUAAGGAGGGCAAGGAGCUGGGGCAAGCGGAUGAGGUUAUUUUCGCGGGGCGAAACUUGAAGCAGAAGAAUAUCUCGGUUGGACUGCUGACGGGGGACGUGAUUGACCCGGGGGGUUACUAUGAGGACGCCACGGUGCUGGCACUCAUUUUGGUCCGGAGCCCUAGCUUGACGGUUUGA